GCGCUCUCGGAUUGUUCUCGGCAAGUAACCCCUUUUAAGGAGCCUCCCGUCCCGAGGGAAGUAAUUUAAUUUAAUCCAAAUGAAAAAAUAGCAGUGCCCGCUGCCCAGAGGGAAAUCGCAGCGGGAGAGAGAGCAGAGCAGAGCGGAGGAAGAGGAAGGAGGAAGAAGGCGGAGGAGGAAGAUGUUGUUUCAGGUGGGCGGGCAAGGGACUCGUCCCACCUUCUUCGAGAUGGCGGCUGCUCAACAGCUUCCCGCCAGUCUCCGUGCAGCUCUCACCUACUCAUUCGGUGUGUUGGCAUUGAGGAGGCCUUUCUUCCAUAAAGUUUUGGAUUACGAAGAUGAGUUCUUUGCUUUGCUGAUGCUGGUUCUCGAAACUCACAGCUUACGGACUACAGAUGCUUCUUUCUCCGAAUCUCUAUAUGGCUUGCGAAGAAGAGCAGUGACGAUAAGAGCAAAGAAGGAUGAUGCCCGGCCAAACUCAGGUGAUGGGAUUCAUCACUCUGGGUUAGAAAAGCACCAAAAAGUUCUGUCAGUUGUUUUCUUGGUCGUCCUGCCAUACUUCAAGUCGAAACUGUAUUCAAUCUACAAUAGAGAAAGGGAAGCCAGACUUCAAGCAAGUUUGUGGGGGAAUGAAGAUGGUAGAUUUGAGAAUUUGGAGUACUUUGACAGAGGAGAGGAUUCUGAAGUCUCGACAGGCACAUCCAAUGCAGAACUAUCAACUAGAACACGCUUGACGAAAAAGAUCCAGAAAAUUAUAGGGGUUUGCUUCCCAUGGAUUCAUGCUAGCAGCGAAGGGUUGUCAUUUGCGUAUCAGUUGUUGUAUCUGCUGGAUGCCACUGGCUUCUAUUCUCUGGGACUACAUGCACUGAAGAUGCAAGUUUGUCGAGCCACUGGACAAGAACUGAUGGAUAGCUCUUCAAGAAUUUCAAAGAUAAGGAGCCAAGAACGAGAGAGGCUUCGUGGUCCUCCAUGGUUGAAGGCUAUGCAAGGUGCAUUACUCACCUGUGCCUAUACAAUGCUCGACUAUGCCCAAACUGGAUUAAUUGCUGCUGUGUUCUUCUUCAAAAUGAUGGAGUGGUGGUAUCAAUCUGCUGAAGAGAGAAUGUCAGCUCCAACCGUGUAUCCUCCGCCUCCACCUCCUCCACCCCCAAAGGUUGCGAAAGAAGGCAUGCCACUGCCAGCAGACAGGACACUAUGUCCUCUGUGCUCCCAGAAGCGAGCAAAUCCGUCUGUUGUCACAGUCUCAGGAUUUGUCUUCUGCUAUCCUUGCAUAUUUAAGUACAUUUCCCAGUACAAACGAUGCCCAGUAACAUUAAUGCCUGCAUAUGUAGACCACAUAAGGAGGCUCUUCCAUGAUAUGUAGCAUGGUACAUUUAUGACCAACCAUCACAGCAGUUGAAUCAAGAUUGAUACAAUCGAUAUAGAGGCCUUUGCAAUAAUUUUGCAACUUUUCAUGGGGUUUCCUUUGUAUUAGUAGAAGUUUGUUGUGGUGUCCUUGUUCUACUAUGGACACUCCAGGGAGCUGUGUAAUGUAUAUCUUUCUCGGGUAGCAUCGGCUCUAACUCUUGCAAUAGGAGAUGUCAUCAUUUUUAUCACCGUAACAUUGUUUUUUCUUUGAUCAGUCUGUAGUUGUUACUCGGGCUCUGGCCAAUUGAGGCCCCUCUUAGAGUAACAUGUCCUCGAGCGAUGUUUGCACCUAAUGAAAUAUCUCUCGAUUUUCAGCA